AUGGCUUCAAUCAAAUCCGCUGCAUUGCGAUACAGCUCUAUCGAUUCUCGAUCUUCGACUCAGUCUCACCAGUCCAAUCCAUCGUCCUCCACCGAGCUCAACAAACCCAAGCAAUCCUCCCUCAAACGCCUCAUCGCCGGAUCCACCGCCCGCCGGAGCCAAUCUCCGGCCGCGGCAGCAGAGCACAACUCUUCGCGUGCCAUCGUCAAGGCCAAAUCGUCGGACGUAGCUCAGGUGAGAGUGAAGAACGAUGAGAAUUUUAGUGCAAUGGUGAAGAAAUUGAUAGAGAAGAGGGCGGCGAAGCCGAAGAAGGCGGCGAAUUUGGUCAUUCCGGCGGAUUUUAUAGCGGAGGAUUUGAAGAAGACUGCAAAGAAUGGGUCGAAUUUCUCCGGUUUGCAUCGGAAGCUGUUUGGAAAGGGGUUGGGGUCGGGGUCGGGGUCGGUGGGGAGUGAGAAGAAGGCUUUGACGGAGGUGAAAUCGAAUACGAGGACUCUGGCUAUGGUGCUUAGGAGUGAGAGGGAGCUUUUGAGUCAGAAUAAGGAGUAG